UUCCUUGUGCUGCACCGACAUCUAGCGGUGAGACGUAGGUACUGCGCAUGUGCUUUUUACUGGGUACCGCCGACUGGACGCGAUGAAAGGAUGAGAGCGUUCGGAACACCGUCUCCCGCUGUCCGUCAAAAUUCGCCGAAUUCCGCGUUUCUGUGUCGAUGUUAAAAUCUUUUGCUCCCUGGUUCCUUUUUUUCCCUCUCGAUCGGCCACUAAAUUGAGAUCCAAUGGCGUCUGAAUGCAGCCAAGAAGCGGUGCUGCGCUUCCUCGGGGCGCGGGGCGGGCGCGCCAAGAACGUGGAGCUCAUGGACCAUUUUAAGGCGCUCUUGCCGAGCGAUCCCGUCCAGAGAGCCUUUGCCAAGGAGAGGCUGAGGACAUAUGUGGACAACGUGGCCGCGAUGCAUCGCGAAAACGGGGCGAAGGUGCUGUGCUUGAGGAAGAGAUACGUUGGAUGUGCGAGGCGCGUCGAGGAGAACGCCGACGGAGACUGCAAUGGCAAUGCGCUGGGUUCGGGAGCCCUACCUGCUCCACAUCUGAGCGAAGGUCCAACUGUGCGCGCAGCAGAUGGAGGGGCGCGUGCACCCAGCCUUAUUCUCCCAUUGCAGCCUGCCGAGUUCACCCAAGAAGAUUCCUUGAAUCGGAACCUGUCUUCGGCCACCACCGUCUCCGCAAACCCCGCUGGAGAUGCCAGGUGCCCGGAAAAUGCUGCGGAAGGUGCUGCAGAACCAGAAAUGCCGCCUUCCCCCGGCUCAGGUUACAGGACUGAGGAGGGGGGAGGCGUGGGAGGCGCGGGAGGCGCGUCUCACGCCACUGGAGGUGUUUUGGAAAGGCAGCUCUGGAAGGAAGCUCCAGAGAAAGGUGGCACCGCGACAGCUUUUCAGAUUCGUGUCUCUCUCGAAAGUAAUUCCCUAGAAAUGGGUAACAUACAUAGCAGCAAGGUGAAGGGAGUCGUCCCAGAUGGAAAUAAAAAUAUCUGCUUGAGUAGCAACAGUUCUCAAGGGCUUCGCAUUCCAAGGAUCACUGUAAUUGAGGCAUCACCUUUGCCCGUGGAAGCUGCUGAGACCGUCUUCGACCUACCUGAAAGUGGACGGUUAAACCAGGAAUGCGAACGGUUUCAAAGGCGGGAUAAAAUGUCUUUAACUCCAAAUCAAAAGGAGGAAGAGGUUGAUCUCCAGGGUCACGGUCGAGCACCACCUGAGGAGACUGAACCCAAGGCCAAAGCGGGCAAAGACGACCGAGGAGCACCGCCGAUGCAGGUGAUUCACAAACGGCGAUCCUCCAAAGGGUCGCAGCGCGGCUUGUUCUCUAGCAACGCGUCGGCAGACGGUUCGGAUGAAGGACAGGUCGACUCGGUCAGCCUGUGCGGGAGCGACACCAACACGCCAAGAAGCAGCCGGAAGAACUUCAUUCAGCUCAUGAUGAACAGCUCGCCCCAGGUGAGGCGCAGCAUGGUGCUGAAGAACAACUGUUGCGCCGCAAAGAGCGAGGGCGAUGCCGCUCUGACGCUGCCACCUGUUGAGGACUACGGCGGGUCAGUGGCACUGGACCCCCUGGAGCACGAAUGGAUGAUGUGCUCCUCUGAUGGAGAGUGGGAGAACCUCCAUCGGCUGCUCUUGCGUGAACCUAACUUGGUCACGAAGAAGGAUUUUGUGACCGGUUUCACCUGCCUUCACUGGGCUGCCAAGCUGGGUAAACAUGAGCUCUUGGCUCCUUUGGUGAACUUUGCCAAACAGAAUUCCGUGCCGGUGAAUAUCAAUGUCCGAUCCGGUGUCGGCUACACCCCUUUGCACCUGGCUGCCAUGCACAACCACCUGGAGGUGGUCAGACUGCUGAUCGAAGAAUAUGAUGCUGAUGUAGAAGCCAGGGACUACAGUGGAAAGACAGCCAGUCACUAUCUAACGUGUCGGGUACCUGGAGACCUAUGGGACCUAAUGAGGCGACGGAGCGACCCCUGCUUGGAAAGCGCCGAAGCCGGAGCCGGCCACUGGACACCGUCAAAACAUCGAGCCUCCGGUCUGAUGCCUCUCAAUUUGUUCAAUCAUCCUGAGGAGGACGUGUCAGACGGCGAGAGCAUGACGAAGCCAAAACCGGGAAACAGGAAAGCCGCCAUGAACAUAAUCAAACCGAGGCUGCGCAAGAUCCGAGUCCGGUCCAAAAUUGUCCACAGCACUUCGUUCAGGGAGGCCGAGGGAGGAGAUGGAGCGCCACAGAAUGCAGUGAAAUCAAGACCGAAAUCGAAUCUUUUUGGUUGAGCGCAACAGCGUUCCUUUGUCCCUCAAAAUACCCGCUGGGCGGUAACUCGCGCGUUUUUCCAAAAACAUAAGUCGAUCCGUCUUCCCUGUGCAUGUCUAAGGGGAAUGGUGGGGUUUUAUUCACUGACAGCUGAGAUUUGUUUGGAAAAGUGCGUAACGCCGCCUGUAUACCGACCCAUUUGGGACAGCCUGCGGCUUACUUCUGUCCAAAUUUAUACUUUGAAGCCACGCUGGUCCGGCUCUUGUUCUGGGGGCAUAAAAAGUUUUCUGUCCGUUUGAAUGAGAAUGUACCGUACAGGUAGUUUUACUACCGCGUUCACUGUGCUGGUCCUGUGGUUACCGAUGUGAGCUGCCUUGAGGCACAAUUCUGUAGCACAUUGACUAUGUAUGUAUCUAUAAUAUGUGG